AUGGCAUCCCCAGCUUGGGAAGCCGACAAGAUGCUUGAUGCAUACAUCUAUGACUACUUGCAAAAACGGAAACUCGCGAGGUCAGCUGAGGCCUUCAUGAUGGAAGCAAACGUGUCUGCUGAUCCUGUUGCAAUCGAUGCCCCUGGGGGUUUCCUCUUCGAAUGGUGGUCAGUGUUCUGGGACAUCUUCAUCGCUCGGACAAACGAGAAGCAUUCAGACGUUGCGCACUCCUACAUUGAGGCUCAGCAGGCUAAGGUGAAGGAGCAGCGGCAACAGGCCCUGCAGCAGCAGCAGCAGGCGCAGCUGCAUGCCCAGCAGCAACAGAUUCAGCAGCAACAACAGGCCCAACAGGGCCUCGCGUCGCAACAGCAGGCAACCUCGCAGUGGCAGCUGUUGCAGAACCAGCUUCAAAUGCAGCAGCAACGUCAGGCGGCACAGAGGCGAGAAAAUGCUCCCAAUGGGGCAACGCAAUCUGGCAUUACGACGGAGACCCUGAUGCGGCACUCUCCUGCUAACCUCCUUGCGACCAAGCUGUACCAGGAGAACUUGAAAAGUCCAAGGCUUCCAGAGGGGAUGAGUCUGGACGAAGCGAUUCUUAAACGAUAUGCGGAGGCGAAUGCGGGCCAGAUCUUGCAACCGCAACAGCAAGCCACCUUGCUUCGGUCCACAUCUGCAAACACGUCCGGAUUGCCGAACUCGUUGUCUGAUCUGGACACCUCCAUAGCAAGACAAAUCUUGGCAGCCAACGGAGCUAGUAAUGCUGCAGUUAUUCAACAGGCACGGACGCAGCUUCUAUCGCCGGGGCUGAACCAGGAUGACAAGUCGUCGAUCAUGGGGAGGCAGAGCAGCCCCCCGAGAGCGGACAUGGUGGCUGCGCUGACCAAAGCGGGCUUCUCUGCCGGCCAGUUGGCCACUCAGGCACUUGGCAAGAACUGGCCGGCGGCCAACAUUGAGCAGAUCCGGCAGCAGCAGCAGCAGCAAGCCGCACAUCAGCAGCUCCAACAGGCGGCUCAGCAGCAGCAAGCGGCGGCGCAACAGCAACAGCAGCAAAAUCAACAACAAGCCCAACAGGCCCAGCAGCAGCAGCAGCAGACCUCUCAUCAGCCGCCGCAGCUGCAGCGGCAGGGCAGCAAUGUGUCCGCCGGCCAGUUCCAGUUCCAGUCCCCCCAGCAGUAUCAGCAGUUCCAGAUGCUCAGCCCCCUGCAGCAGCGAGAGCUGCUCAUGCACGCACAGGCGCAGCAGGCAGCGGCAUUGGGACAAAACCAACAAGAAAGGUUGCGCCAGAUGAUGGCCGGGAAGGGCUUUGGGCACGAGGGCAGCCAAAACGGCAGCCCCGGGGCGAGCUCCAACAGCCAGGGCCCCACGCUGCCCCUCCAACAGCAGGAGCUGCUGCUCAAGUUGCAAGCCCAGCGGUCUGCCAACCAACUCCAGGCACAGUUCCACCAGCAACAACAACAAGUGGCAGCAGCCGCUGCCGCGUUGCAAAAGGGGGGCCAGAACGGCCCCGGAAACUCCCCCCACCUUCAACAACUACUACGGCAGAGUUCCAACCACUCUCUGCAAGUGGGGGCAAACGGGGUGAUCCCCCAACCCGGGGGGGAUCACCCGGCAACUUCCACUGACAGCCGAAAGACUGGAAAGGGGGCCGGGGGAAGGAAACGGAAACAACCGGGAACGAAUUCGAACGCAGUGCCAACCUCGAGCACGGGGACGGGAACCACAGUGGGGGGUUCGAUGGCGGGGGCGUCGGAGCCCCCCACACCGACGACUAACCGGAACGAGGCGCUUCUGGCGAGUUUACAGCAGUCGAGCGACGCGUUGAGGGGGGCGCACGUGGGGUAUGGAGAGGGAAGGGCCGACGCGCAAGCCACUAGUGACCCCAGUCCCGAGGACGGUUCCAUUGAUCACGUCGAAACUUUCCUUUCGGCCGAGGCCGCAGACGACCUGCAUUUGCGGGAUGCGUUAUUUGCUGCAAAUAAGGAGGACGAACCGCACCCCAAACAGGUGGUGACGUCAGGCUUUUUGUUCGCUGAAUGCGGAGUGUUGCGUGCGAGCACGGGGAAAGUGGUCAGCUGUCACUUUUCCCUGGACGGCAAAAUCCUGGCCACUGCGGGCCACGAUAAGAAGGCUAUCUUGUGGGACGUGGACACGCAAAAGAUCCGGAAUCGGCUAGAGGAGCACACACUAAUCAUCACGGACGUCCGGUUCGCCGCUACCUCCAACCGGCUUGCGACGUCGUCCUUUGACAAGACUGUUCGCGUGUGGGACGCUGACAGCGAGAGUUCGUGUUCGCUGCGCACGUUUGCGCGCCACCAGCAGUCGGUGAUGUCAGUCGACUUCCACCCCGCGAAUGAUGACGUUGUGUGCUCGUGUGACUCCGAUGGGGAGGUGCGCAUGUGGAGCGUCGACAAAGGCACGUGCACACGAGUGUUCAAGGGCGCGUCGAUGCAAGUCCGAUUCCAACCUCGGACAGGUCUGCUGCUCGCCAUGGCGUCCGAGGACUCCGUGACCAUGUACGACCUCGAAUCGGAACAGCCCCGAUUCACGUUGCAGCGGCACGCGGAGCCCGUGCAAGCCGUGUGCUGGGACCCAAUGGGUGACGUCAUGGCGUCCGUCAGCGAGGACAGCGUCCGCAUCUGGGCGUUCGGGACGGGCGGGGGCGAGGGGGAGUGCCUGCACGAGCUCAUCAGCAGCGGCAACAAGUUCCACUCGUGCGUCUUCCACCCGACAUACACGUCGCUCCUCGUCAUCGGAUGCUAUGAGUCUCUGGAGCUUUGGAACAUGAUGGAGAACAAGAGUAUGACAGUGAUGGCCCAUGAGGGCCUUAUAGCAUCCCUUGCACAGUCACGGGUGACCGGAAUGGUCGCCUCCGCCAGCCACGACAAAUCUGUCAAGCUGUGGAAGUGACAUGAACUGGCGGAAAGGGAGCUGGUGGGGGCAUCUGACUCGAAGGGAUAUACUAAUGAACAGAUUCGGAGAGGUGUUAUGAGUUUGUCAACUCCCGGGCGAUGGGGUAAAGCCUGUUGUCCGAUGUGUUGUCCGAUGGGCAAGCUCGCCUGUUCGAUGGCGUUGCAAGGUGGCUUAGAAAUUGUUUAAGGAUAGGCUAUCCUUAACAACGCUUGGUUAUUCUUAACAACGUACGGUAAUCGCGCGUAGGUGUUCGAGUCGUCUAAGUGCGUCCCUCCAGCCCGUAGCAAGACAUCAAAGAUGUUGGCAAUCUGGGGCAGUGCAACCUAAUAAACUU